GGGGAGGGGGGGAAAUGAGAGACCGCCAGGCGCUCGAUCCAUCGAUGAGGAAAUGCGAGUGAACCUGCGGCGUGAGGAGCGAGAGAGACAGCUGGUCUGUGUGGUUCCUGCAGGGAGCGUCACCGAUCACAAUCACCAGACAACACCGGAGAAAACAACCGGGAUGUCAGGAGCGUGAAACCGGCGAUCAUGUGCCUUACUGGCGCCGCUUCGGUGCCAAAACAGCGGUGAAGGUUUGAGGAGAGAAGUAAAGAGGAGGAGGAGGAGGAGGAGGAGGAGGGCAGACAGGCUCACAGACAGGCUCGCAGACAGGUGCGUCUCCUCAGCCGGUUUCGUGUAUUCUCGGUCCCAGAGCGUGAAGGAGUCAUGGAUCCCCGCAAGGAGAACACGAGAAGAAAACAGCCCAUGAAACCCAAGUCCACGACGCGGAAAGAGAAGAAAUACAAGACGGGGAGGUUCAUCCGGAGGAAAUCGCUGCGAUCUUUUGGGAAUUUCAUGGGAAGGAUCCUGAAAACUUUGGGCACUUUGGCGCACUUCGGCAACGCGGAACCAGCGGACGCGGAGGACGACGACGGCGGCUUCGGGCAGAGCUCCUCUGCGGGCUUCAAAGACGACAGCCCGCAGGUCUCCAGGGAUUCUGCCGCCGCAAAGAAGAGCUCCGCGGCGGCAGCCUCCUCCGCUCACGGCUCGGUGAAGGAGAGGCUGUCGUCAUGCUACGGCGACAAGACCCCCGGGGUGCUGGGGCUGAAGAACCACGGAAACACCUGUUUCAUGAACGCCGUGGUCCAGUGCCUCAGCAACACGGACCUGCUGGCCGAGUACCUGGGGCUGGAGCAGUACAGGUCGGACACGUGCCACGGGAAGGUGAACGGGGAAGCGCGGGGAGAGGAGCCGCAGAGCGCCCGGGGAGAGGUGACCGAGCAGCUGGCGUCGCUGGUUCGAGCGCUGUGGACGCUGGAGUACACGCCGCAGCUGUCUGUGGAGUUCAAGAGCAUUGUGGCCAAAUACGGCUCUCAGUUUCGUGGAAACUCUCAGCACGACGCCCUGGAGUUCCUCCUCUGGCUUCUGGACAGUGUUCACGAAGAUGCCAGUUCCAGCCUCAACAACAACAACAGCAGCAGCAGCAACAGCAACAGCAAGGCCAAAGCCAUCGCCAAGGGACCCAGUCCAGUGGAGGAUUCUUCCAGUCCCAGUUCAGCCAGCACACAGCAGCCUCGAGGUCGACACAGUUUUGUCCAGGAACACUUUCAGGCUCAGUACAGGUCCUCUCUGACGUGCCCUCAUUGCCUUAAGCAGAGCAACACCUUUGACCCGUUUUUAUGCAUCUCCUUGCCGAUCCCGCUACGACAAACCAGGCCGAUGUGUGUGACGCUGGUGUUCAGUACGAAGGGUCAGAGGUAUCUGCGGGUGGGUCUGGCUGUACCUCUCCUUGGUACCCUGUCCUGUCUGAGAGCCAUGGUGGCAGAGGAGGGUAAAAUCUCCCCGGACCAGGUUAUCCUGUCAGAGUUGUACUCCACCGGUUUCCAGCGCUCCUUUUCAGAUGAUGACGACCUGACGGCAAUCGCCGACAGCGACGUGGUCUACGCCUUCCAGGCUCCUCCCCUCUACAGUCGUGGAGGCUCUGCACCGCACUCAGGGUAUCACCACAGCCUCCCCUCCUCUCCCUACUCCUCCACGGCUGGACCUGAUGGCCAGAGGUUACCAUCGUCUGGAACCCUCUCCUCCGAGUACCUAAACCAGGGCGGCUCCAUGAAGCUCCUCUUCCUCAUCUGUAACACAGCAGGCUCUGGCCAGCAAGCUGUCAGGUUCGGACCUCCAUUUCUCAUGCGCGAGGACAGGAGCAUCUCCUGGGACCAGCUGCAGCAGAGCAUCCUCAGCAAACUCUAUUAUCUGAUGCUGAAUGGAUCUCAGGCUCAGAAUGUCGGGGUGCUGUUCAAGAUCCGAGUGGUUGCAGGAAUGACAUCCUACAGCUACCUGUCGCCACAGGACAGCAGGCCACUCUACCACCCUGCUGUUGACAGAGCGCUGAAGAUCUGUGGCACCGGGGGGCCUCCUCACGUGAAGCUCGUCAUAGAGUGGGAGCACAAGACUAAAGAAUGUCUGUUUGGCACCAUCCAGGAGGAGGUGGUGAAGGAUGCAGAGAGUGUGAGGAACCAGCAGCAGCAACACCUCCAGCAGCACAGCUGUACCUUAGACGAGUGCUUCCAGCUGUACACCAAAGAAGAACAGCUUGCCCCUGAUGACGCCUGGAAGUGUCCCCACUGUAAAAAGUUUCAGCAGGGCAUGGUGAAGAUGAGCCUGUGGACUCUCCCUGACAUACUGAUCCUCCACCUCAAGCGUUUCCGACAGGUGGGUGAGCGCAGGACUAAGCUGUCGACCUUGGUGCGUUUCCCCCUGACUGGACUGGACAUGGCCCCCCACAUGGUGAAGAGGAGUCAGAGUAUGCGGAACCUGAACCUGGGGGCAUGGCCACCAGCCUGGAAGCAGCCAUCAGGACAAUACCCCGACAUGACCCUGCCACAAGACUAUCAGUACGACCUCUACGCUGUGUGCAACCAUCACGGAGGAAUGCAUGGAGGACAUUAUACAGCUUACUGUAGAAAUUCAGUGGAUGCCCAGUGGUACAGUUAUGAUGACAGCAGCGUCGACCUGGUGCCAGAGGAGGAAGUAUGUACCAGAGGUGCUUACAUCCUCUUUUACCAGAGACGCAACACCAUUCCUCCAUGGUCGGCCAGCAGCUCAAUCAGAGGCUCGACAAGUUCAUCAAUGUCAGACCAUUGGCUCGUCCGCCUCACAGUGGACAGUAAGAGAGGCAGUCUGGUGUCUCGAUCGUCCACCACCUGCCCGUCUUCCAUUCCCGACUCUCCAGAGUCUCCCGUCUUCCUCGACGAUGGUUGUAAAGAGGAAAAGGGAGGUUUUGAGACCAGGCCAUUUGUCAGGGGUCUCGAAGGGCGCAGCAAGAGCAUGAGAACCCACAGCAAGACUAAGGACACCCUGAGCAAAGUGCUUCCCCUUCGCUGGUCCUUUGGUUCCAAGGACAGACGAAAACCUGACCCAGUGUCUCCCCUGCCGGAUCAAGAUCCUGCUCCUGUCGAGCUAGUGCAGUACUUGGAAUCUGGCCGGCGGCCCCGGUGCACAAAGGACCCAAUAGUAACACUGAUGAGCGAACCGCGCAGCACAAAGGAAGCAGCUGAGGCCCAUGCUGUAGCUAAUGUCCAACCUUCAAAUGUUGGGAGUAGGAGUUGUGUUGAUAAAGCAAAAGAUGGGCAGCAGCCAGAGUCUCCACAGGUACCAGAGGGCCAGAGGAGAUCAUCGGACAAGACGGCCAGCCUGAGACGCAGCAAGGGGAGCCAGACAAGAGAUGAGAGCACCUUGAAUAUCAGCAGUAGCUCUAGUACAAACACCCUCACCAGAAGAAAGGAUUCCAGGAAGCAGAGCUCCUCCAAAGCUUCCCAGGAUACUGAGACAACAAGGCGUUUCAGUGCUGGAGUUCAGCCCAGCUACAGCACACCCAGUCUUCAUGAUGGGACCCUAAGAAGACAAAGGGGAGACAGGGCUGAACAUCCCGGUGCAUUUGAUGAAAGCUCUAAGACCAAGAGAGGAGAAGUGCCCAAAAGUCACGAGGGACUGUUCUCCUUCUUAAAAGGCAACUUCUUGAAGAAAGAUAAGGACCAGAGGAAGUCCAAGGAGGGUGAGUCAGGGAGAAGAGGAGGUGAGGAAGGAGGCAGAAGGACGCUGUCAAGGCUGUCACUUUCUAAUGGAGCCGUGGGAGGCAGAAGUGGGGCAGAAAAAGGAAAGUCUAAUGGAUCAGGCCAUGUGGGUGAUGAGCUGGCAAAUGGGAAAGUUGGACGUACGACGGUUGACAUCAAACGCUCCCAGAGUCACUCCAACAUCCCCACCAAGGCGGAGCACAGCAUGCACAGGACAGCAUCUUUGCAUCGCAACGGCAUGUCCACAGCCCCGGCACCGUCACGCAGCCUGACAACGGAUAAACCAUCCUACGGCACCCUGCAGAGGACUCGUUACAGCACAACCUCACUGGGGCGCAAAAAGACAGUCCCCGAGUCGAGCUUCUGACAGAGAUAGCUAACACACACGCAGCCUUGUACCUAAUUAAGAGUGAAUGGCGUCCUGUCUCUGAGAUCAAAGCAAUAGAGCUAAAUUUACAGUCAUAUGCUUUUUGUUCCCAGAAAAGGAACAAGCAGAGACAGAGCAGAUGAAGAGUUUAAAUGUUGGGAUAUAAAGAACAGAAUGAAAUGAUGUGACAUGUCCAUCACUUGUCAGAGGAAGUCCAUCUCUGUUCGUUUUUUUUUAUCACUUGAAACAAGUGCCUGAGAAACCUAUAUGCAGUUUAGACCAAUGAGUUUGACUUUUUAGCACUGGAAGCACAGAAGCCCUUACAUACAAACACACACACAAAAAUGCACAUACAAACAGAAUAUCCACAUUAUUACUGUGAUGUGAGUGUUGAAAGUCCUAAGUUCAUUUGGAAUUCCUCUGGUUGUUUGCUCACACGUUAGACACGAUGAUUGUUGUCAUUUAUCAGAAUGUCGUGAAGCAGUUUCGAUGAACAUAAAUAAUUAAUGUUAAAUCCCCUGUUUAAUGUUUGUUUAAAGUACAGUGUGGCUUUGAACAAACAACAUUGAUUGACUCUGACUACAGUUACCGCUUAUUCCAUUUUAAACCAGAAGUAAAAUGAUGCAAACAUCUUAGAGGAGAGAUGUUUUGCUUUUUAUGUUUGUCAUAGCUCAACAGUUGUGUAUGUAAAAGGUCUGCAAAGGGAAAAAGCCUUAAGUCUGCAGUAAAAUGAGCGAGGAGCUAUGAGGGUAGGAGUGUAAUUCUGUAGAAGCACCGAUCUCGAUCUCUUUAUUAUUAAUUGGCCAAGAAAAUGAAAGUCUACCAGGACCUGUAGUGCUUUGUGACUAACCUCUCUAUAGUAGAAAUAAAUGAAAAAACACAGAUUUGUAAAUUUAAUAUUAAUGCAAUAUUGACCCUGAGAGGAUGUUUGAGAUAACAUCAGUGAACUAUAUUGAAUGCAUUCCAUUCUUUCUUUUUUGAUCUCAAUUCUUUCAUUUAUUUUUCUCGGUUAAUGUUUUUCUCGUGCUAUCCUGACUCAAUCUCAUGUGAUAAACACUUCAGUCUGUAGGGUAUGUGACGGUGUCAAGAGAGCUGAGUCAAAAUGCAGAAUGUGGCUGUGUCCUAAUACGCUGUCAAAUUGACAGCUGUCGAGAGCUAGAAAACUUGAUGGUGGGGGAUUUAAAGCUUAACCCGACAUACACUGAUUUAGGCUCAGCGUGGGAGUGCUGGUAAUACUGCAGCCUGACACCGACAGCAUAUAGGCAGUUAGAGAGGGAAGUGGUGAAAUGGGUGCAGAAAAGCAAUACGUAUCAAUGUGCUUUGUUUUUUUAGCCUUUCAUUUUUCCUACCCUGAACAGUCUAAACUAUGGAAGACGUAGAAUGCCUAAAUGAAAACAGACCAAACAAGGAAUGUAAAGUGAAAGCACAAUAGACAUUUUAAUAUAUUUUCCUUUUUCUGUUUUCUGCCAGCUAGCUUUAAUUAGCUAAAUUACUGAUAAUGGUGCCAAUAUGACCUUGCUAAUUGUGCGUUUGUCAUCUUCUUGCAGAACAUUGUGAUUGUAACUAAAGGUUUCAGUCACCAUCAGUGUCCCUUCAGCUGCUGGCCCACAGGAAACUAUAUUAUUUUGAAAGGCUGUCUGCCAUCUGAUCAUGUCCCAUGUUCCAACCCAUAGAUUGUAUAUAAAGAUGGACAUCCUGACAUUCCCAAAGAUGAAGCCAAAGCCUCCUGAUCGCCCUCUGGUGACUGGCUUCUGUAUAGUUCAUUAACUCCACCUCCUCCUUGUUAGUUGAUGGGUCAUGGGCCGAACUAAAACGGUACUUCUUAUCACACUGAUGUAUGUCAAAAUGUUAAUUCUUCAGGUACAUUUAAAUUGACUUAAUUUUUUGAUUCUACAAAAAGCUGGGUGAAACGUCAUGAUUGACAGCUGACUCGAUUGACUUGAUUGGCUGAACCCCUGUUUCGUCGGGAGGUCGCUGCUGCCAGACUCUGGCCAAAUGAGCACGAUGAUUUUUUGGCUUCACUUCUGGAUAGUGGGAGGAAGUGUGUCAUCCAUCUUUAUAUACUGUCUUUGAUCCAAUGCCAGUGCCUCUUCAUUUUAUAAUAGCACUUUAUAUUUGGUGUUGGCAUGUUUAUGUUGCCCUCUGCUGGACGACGCUGAAAUGUAUUACACUCACACCUCUCACCUCUUUAGUUAAUGUAGGAAAUUAGAAUCUAAUUACAGUCAAUUUAAUUGUCUUGCUUUUUUGAGAGCUUUUAAUUUAGGCCUUUUAAAUAUCACAUACAAAUCGGAGAAGUGAUUGCGGCAUUAUGAAGGUUCCUCUGUGCACUUUGUCUAUCUAAUAAUCAAAUAUUGUGUUUAUGUCCAUUGGUAAGUUUAACCACUCCUACUGGCUUUUUUUUUUAAGCAUAAUUUUUCUUGCUUCCUUUUCCCCAACAUCAACUUGCUUCAUAAUCAAACAGUUACUUGUUCACUUGUAAGAAACACAGGGCAUACGUACUUUUAGCCACAGUAUCACUGGGAGUGAAGUACAUCCCUUGAGCUCACUUACAUCACUCCUGGAGUGGAGCGCGAUAUUAAUUUUCCCAGCCCAGAUGUCCCCGGCCACUCCAUAAAUGCAAAUAGUUGGCUUCCUAGUCACAAGUAUCAUUCAAGUUGGAUAGUUUACAGAAUAACAGGCUAAGAGGAUUUCCUCACCUUCUGCUGUUGUGAUAUUUUGAUUUUGUGUGUCAAAUUUCCAGUGAUGCCCUCUUAGACUACAUUUGGAGAUUUAAUUUGCACUUUACACACACGGGAAUGUUUUUUAUUCAAUAUCAAAAUAAUUUUUGAUGUGUAUACAAGUUAUGAUGGAUACUCAAAUAACUUUAAUUAAUUUGGUGCAGCCCUCAGAUAGUUUUUCUUUGGGAGCUUACCCGUAUAAUUGAAUUUACAUCAAUGUGUUGAUCUAUGUUGGAUAGUAUUUGCAAUUUAAAUGGAGAGGAAAAUGUUUGUUCACAUGAGUUUAUGAAUGCCUCUGGAAUGUAUUGCCUGUUCAAUAAGUAUGUUAUUCAGUUUCCCGUUUCAAAAGCAGGCUUAGAAAUUUCAAAAAGCAGCACAAAUAAAACUCGACACAAACACAUCCAGUGCCCAGAUGAUAGUUUGCUGAAGACUUGUCAUGACGCCUCAGUUCGAUCUGGUAAUGUUAAAGCAGUAUCAAAGUUGAUAAAUUAACUUUUUAUUGGGAAACAUUUUAUUAGGGAGCCUGAAAGGAUUUAAAUGAAACGGCACAGGUUGCGUUAAAGGUGGUUAAUGUUACUGCAGGCAGUCGCUAAAUUAUAAACCCAAUUUUUACGAUUGUUUUUUUUGCAGAAUAUUUAUAUUCCUGUAACAAAUUAAUAUUUGCAAGUGGCAUGUCAACUACUGAGAUGUAUGUAUAAUGUAUUGAGGGAUAUGGACCAGCUGAAUCACACAAACCUUGCACACACACCACAUUUAUUUUCAUUAUGCUGUACUUUUUUUAGCCAGGUAAAGGUGACUAAGCAAUAAGAGUUGAAUGUCUUACUCAUUAGUGUUUGUCAUUUGCACAAGGUUUGUUGAGCAGGAUUAAAAACUAAAUCUACUUUUAAACUACAGGUUCAGACACUUAGUUUUGUCCUAUAAAUGUCAAGAGGCGUUGAUGCUGGCUUUGUUGUGGCUGCAGCUGCUUUUAGACCGCCCUCCACAAUGAGAUUACUGAACCUUAUAAAUGGAAGUGGUUUGGAAGUUUGCUGGAAAUUGCAUCAUAAAAUAAAUGCAAACAUGAAAGAGGCUGCUCUCUGAAAUAUAUGAGAAAAUUACUCUGAAAUAUGUGAGAAAAUUAAUGUGAGCAUUAAAAUGCUAUAUUCUGUAGGAAAGCUGAUCCAUAUCUGAACGACCAUUAUCUCAUAAUAGUAAUUAUUGGUAGUUCUGAAUAAGAGCAUGUGCUUAGAUACAAAUUAUUAUAGAUGCUGAUAAAAGCUGAUUAUUUCCAUCUUUACAGUGAAAUCUAUACUGUAAAAAAAACACCGAAGUGCAGACUCCUCCCUGCUGUUCAGAAGCAUCGGAUAAUUCCUUAUACAGAAUAAUUUGAAUUAACUUAUAUCUUAUUUUUCCUCUGAUGAUAUAGUUAUACAUUACAGUGUAUUUGAGAGAUCAAUGCUGUUAAAGUAGAACAUAUAGAUUUUAAAUAGGGACACAAAGUCUGUAUAAAUUUAAACGUUUGUGUCUGUUUUUUUUCUUUCCAUGGCUCAAU